AUGAGUGAAUCUCAUAAUCAUGCCAGUGAACUGGUAAAGCAUGGUGCUUCUACACGACAGCAAAAGAGAACAUGUACAUCAGUCACAAGCAAAUGUGGAGAAAACUCAUCUCCAUUUUUUCUUGCCCGAUCCAUUGCUGUAGCUAUGGGGAUUCGUUUCAUUGUAAUGGUAGUGAUAUGCAGUGCCAUGAUCAUAAAUUCACUAUUCAACCAAGAAGCUCCAAUUUCUUUGAAAGAAAACUACUGUGGUCCAUGUCCUAAAAACUGGAUAUGUUAUAGAAAUAACUGCUACCAAUUUUUUAACGAGAGCAAAAGCUUGUACCAGAGCCAAGCUUCUUGUAUGUCUCAAAAUUCCAGUCUCCUGAAGAUAUACAGCAGAGAGGAACAGGAUUUCUUUAAAUUGGUGAAGUCAUAUCAUUGGAUGGGACUAGUACAAAUUUCCACAAAUGUUUCCUGGCAGUGGGAAGAUGGUUCCAUUCUCUCACCCAACCAACUAACAAUGGUUGAAAUGCAGAACGGAAACUGUGCAGUCUAUGGCUCAAGUUUUAAAGCUUAUACAGAAAACUGCUUAACUCCAAACACAUAUAUCUGCAUGCAGAGGAUUGUGUAA